GCGGUGCCUAAGCGAUGAGGUAAUGGGGUAAACAGUAAAAAUGGCGACGUCUGUAGCCCAAGAGGAGCAACCGAUUCUAAACGGGAAUAUUUCCGAGCCCCAAACUAAAAAACUGACAUAUUUGCCGACCGAGUUGCUUGAACAUAUCUUGUGCUUCCCUGUCCUCACACACGUCGACAUUUGUAACGUUUCCUGCUGCUGCAAACGACUGCACGACGUUAGCCAUGGAAGGGGAAAGGUCUGGGAACACCAGUACAAACUAAGAUGGCCGAGAUUGCAGAGGUUUUACCGUCAGAACGAAAGCUGCGACUGGCUAAGGGAGUACAAAACACGCCACAGGGUCGGUAUACAGAUACGAAGGACUGUGGAGUCGAUUUCAAAAAGAUUUUUCACAGAAGUUCCUUGCGUUGGCCAGGUGUUGGGAGACAGCUUUGCAGAGAUUGAAUCACUCGGGAUGCCGGAGCACUUCUGCGAAGAUGAGCUCCUCUUCAUACUCAACUCCGACAAGAGGAAAAGCUUGACACUGAAAUACUAUGCAAGAAAAAUCCUUUACUUCCUGAGACAGCAGAACAUCUUGAGGAGUCUGAAGACCUUUCUGGAGCAGCCUGCAGAGCAACAAUCAGCUCUGGAAGGUGCUGUGCUGGUGGAUCAGUACUGUAACCCACUGGCAGACGUCACACUGGAUGGUGUUUCAGUUCAAUUAGAUGAAAUUAUAGAAAAGGCAAAGAAGAUGCUAAGAAUCAAAAAUCCAUCUCAUCCCAGUCUUCGCAUCGCCAACGGUGACCAUGUCAUUGAGGACUUUGAGCUCCAGAGGCAGGUGCUGUUUGCUCUGAACUCUGUCUUGUAUGAGCAGCUUCAGUACAAAGGCAACGAGUGUGACUAUUACAACCCGCUCAAUUCUUACAUCCAUCAGGUGCUCCUUCGGCAUACUGGCAUUCCCAUCAGCCUCUCUGUUCUUUACAUGACCCUGGCCCGGAAGCUGGGCGUUCAGCUGGAGCCCGUCAACUUUCCCAAUCACUUCCUGCUGCGCUGGUGCCAAAAACCAAGAAAGAGUGAGGACAUCUAUGACUUUGUCUACAUCGAUGCCUUUGGUAAAGGCAAGCAGCUGAAGGCCAAGGAGUGUGAGUGCCUGAUUGGCCACCAGGUGACAGCAGACUACUACAACGCCAUCAGCACCACAGAAGUUCUGCUCAGGAUGGUGGGAAACCUGCUCAACAUUGGCAAAAGAGGGGAGGGCAAUGAGAAAUCCUACCAGCUGCUGAGGGACUCGCUGGAUCUCUACCUCACCAUCAACCCCGAUAAUGUUCAGUAUUUGCUGCUGCAGGCACGGCUUUACUUCCACCUGGGAAUCUGGCCAGAAAAGGUGCUGGACAUCCUGCAGCACAUCCAGGCGCUGGAUCCCUCCCAGCACGGUGCCGUGGGUUACCUGGUGCAGCACACACUGGAGCACAUUCAGCACAAGAAGCAUCCAGCAACACCUGAGGUGAAGAGGCGCAGUGCUCCAGAACACCUGGAGGUCCAGUAUUCAGUCGGGCUCAUAAUGAAACACAAGCGCUCAGGUUAUAACUGUGUGAUUUAUGGAUGGGACCCUAAAUGCACCAUGAGCCAGGAGUGGAUCACCACCAUGAGGGUUCACCAGUUGUCCAAUGGAGCUGACCAGCCUUUCUACAACGUGCUAGUGCAGGACGGGACGUGCCGUUAUGCCGCACAGGAGAACCUGGAGCCCCACUCAUCCCCGUUGGAGAUCGGACACCCGGAGGUGGGACGCUACUUCUCAGAGUUCACAGAAACUCACUACGUUGCCAACGAAGAACUGCAGGCGCGAUACCCAGAGGACACGGGGGAGACCCUGGACACGGUGAGACAGCUCUACCACAGAAACGCUCCGGGCUCAGGGAGCCAAGAGGGGACUCCUGCUGCGGACCAAAACCACCAACAAGCCAUGUUGAUGUAGCAAGUGUCCAGCCCGCUGCAGCUCAGUGUUAACCCAUCACCCGUUCUCCGUUCACAACCAACGUAGCUGUCCCUGUGGUGCACAUUUAGGUGGAGACCGGUCCAAAAAACGUGAUUUUAGUUUAAUUUAUUUGAAAGAAGAAAAUAAUGUUGAUGUAAAAAAUCAUCCUGUUGCUUUUUAGUCUGUUUAAAAUCCAACCACAGAGCUGAAAAAAUGAUGUGGGGAAAAAAACGUCAAAGUUACACAAAAUAAAAGGAAGUUAAAAAGUUCUGAUGAGUAAAUGAAGGACGAGCACCCAGGUGCUGUAAAUCCUCCUCUUGUCUGAACGUAAGGAAUGCUUCUGCACCCACAUCUCGCGUCCUGCACCAUGUGUGCUAAAUGCACCAUAAGCCCAGUGCCACAAAAUCAUGAAGGAAACGCUGACUUCCCACUUUCCGGCUUUUAACUGUUCCAUGCACUCAUAAAAGUCAGACUCACAUUCCCUGAUUUCUGUACAUUUAUAAAUAAGUCCUGUACCAUGUGGUUCAUAGAGGCUAAACACUUGAAACAGAGAUGACUCAGAAUCACAAGGAAACAAAAUAAAUCCUUUCAAGUUUUA